UCUGGUGCCGAAGCUCCAGCAGAUGUUUCCCAAGUUCGUUCCUGCCUCGGGCCUGAGCCCACUUCACGGAGCAGUCGGGUCAGACAGGGUGCAAGAGACGGACCGGCAGCCAGGGCCGCCCCAGGGGCCCGCCUGCCCAGGGUGCCAGCCUGGGGUCAGCUCCUCUCCACACUUGGGGUGCCCUGUUGUGGUUUCAUGCAGAGCCCCAGCCCCCAGGGCCAGCACAACGGGGGCGGGGGUUCCCCAGCUCUCCAGCCAUACACCUUUUCCAUGCCCCCUUCAUGGGACAGUGCCCUCCCAGGCCGGAGGGUGCAGGAGGAGGGCUGGACACAGGGAGGAUACCAAAGGGCCCCAGAGCCACACCUUGGCUUCUGGGGCCGGACAGGGUGCUGGGAGCCGCUGCCCGGAGACGUCUCCCCUGUCCAGGAAGAUCCGAACGGGAAGGAGCAGAGCUCCACCACCAGCAGAAGCCAGGCCCCAGAGUUACAGGCCACGGGGCGCUGCCCUCUGGGGUGAGGGAUGUCUAGGCAAGGGCUCAGCAAAGGGGGGGCAGCCUCUCACAUACAGAUGGGUGACGGGGGCACUCGGGGUGUCCCCAGGCUUGCGGGAGUUGGGGCUGGCGCCAGCGGCCCUGGGGGACAGGCGCCUGGGAUGGCUCCCACCCCUCUGCCAGCCCCGCUGAGCUCGACGACCACGGCCCCUGACCACCUUCCAUCCCCCAACCACAGGACGGGGGCCUGAGAGACAGGGGGACACCCGGGAGCCGUGGGGGAGGCAGGCGGCUCCCUGAUCGCACAGGCGCGCAGCCAGCCCCAGGGGAACGCGGUUACCUGAGACCCCAGAGCCUCAAAGUUCCAGGAUGUCUCCUGUGACAGCCUGGAAACAGCAGGGCGUCUGGCCAGUGUGAGCCUGCAGGAGGAAGCUGCGGGCUGCGGGCUGUGCCCGGCCCACCGGGAGGGGCAGCACCCGCCCCAGGGAGCGAACUCACUCCGUACUCUCUCCUGCUUGUCUCGGGGCUGAGCUGCGGCCAGAGGGCGAGGCGCAGCCACGGGCAUCCUGCUAGCCUUGCCCGACCGUCACUUGCGUCCAGAUGCUGGCUGGGCGAGCCCUCGCCUUCCUCUCCCUGGCCUGGAGCGCUUACCGGAGCCUGGCCGUCCCCAGGGUCGCGGAAUGCAGCCUCUCCUGUUCCCAGCUGACGUUAAAUGUCAUUUUCUGACGUCGUGCGGCUGCCCCGGCUCCGAAGGCAGCUCCUCCGAGGCCGGGAUCGUCGCCCAUUUUCUUUUCUUCCUGAAGCCCAGCACCCGCCCAGCACGGGCACAAGGGGGCCGGGGGAGCUGCGGAUGCCAGCACGGGAAGUCGGGCUUCGCCUGCAAGAGCCGCGUAAACCGAAAUAUUUUCAACAGCUUCUGCCGCAAGCCCCCCACGUCCAUGUCCGGGUCCGUCCUGGAGGCCCUGACCCUCUCCACUGCCAUGAAGUGUGCCCCCCCCGACGGCUGCUCCCUGUUCCUGCGCGUCAAGGCCUCUCUCACGCUGCAUGAGGGCCUGCGGGGCCUGGAGGCCUGCUCCAUGAGCCUGGACACCCAGGAGACACAGUGCCAGAGCGUGCGGGUCCCCAGGGCCUCCCGCCGGCUGCAGGUGGGGCAGCAGCUCCAGGUGCACUUUGACUGCUUUGAGGUGAGCGUGGCCCAGAGCCUCUACGUCACCCUGAGGACUGUCCCCCACUUCUGCGGGGUCCAGCUGGACGAGCGGUACCAUGUGGAAGACUGCGCAGACGAGGACGUAGGGAGGAACGUGCCCGACUGCUUUGCUGGGAAGCUCUCCUACUCGGUGGACCGCAGCCGCAAGGUCAUUCUGGUACAGGUGCCAGAGUCAGGGGGCCCCGACUACUACGACUACUACGUGCGGCUCUGCCUCAAGUGGUUCACCUGCGAAGACGCGGGCGCCCCAGUGCGAGUGACAGCGAACGGGGUCUCCCGGAGGGUCUCUCUGCCCUACAAACAAGAGUUGUCGUGCCUGUGCCUUGAGGGCUGGUCCGCGACGCCUGACGCCGUGCGGAUCCAGACCUGCCCCUUCGAAGAUGACACGGAGACACUGUGGGACGCCAUCCACUACCACCCGGGGAGCCAGGAGCUGAGUUGGGAGCCUGCCUGUCCCAUGAGUGGCCGUGUGAGUCUGUGCUGGCGCCCAGGGCCAGGGCCCCAGUGCCUGGAGCUGGAGCAGUCCAGCCGGCCUGCACACAGCAGGGUGCAGUACCCUCUUGUGGACACCCAGCCCCAGCUCUGCCUGAAGUUCUCCACGAGCCUGGGCUUCCCGGUGAAGUGCCCUUUUGAGCAGCUGCGCUUCCCAGCCUGGAAGAUGACCGUCCAGCUGGCACCCGCUCCGGGCCACCUCCGGGUGGCCUUCUUCUCGCCCAGCCCUGCCCGCUUCCAGGUGUGCCUGUGUCACCGAGGGAAGACGUGGCCCCCCGCGUGCCGCCGGCUGCUCCAGGCCACCCCCAUCCCUGCGGGUGACCCCACAGAGGACCCUGCGGUGGCCUUUGUGGACAUUCCCGGGGACCAGGCCUGCGCACCCGGCACCUGCAUCCAGGGCAGAAGGACCGACAUCCAGUUCUCCGUCCCCCAGCAGCUGUGCGACCUCCAGUGCGCUGCCACCCAGGGGACAGCAGCCUGAGGCCAGGUGUCUCGCCAGGAAGAAGCAAGUGCUAGGGCCAGAUUGCUGGGGCGUGGUGAGUGGCAGCUCACGCCUGGGCGCGCCAAGCCUCUGCGAAGGCUGGGCCUCAGAGCAGGCGGCGGGGCGGGUCUCACCUGGCCCCAGACCGUGGCACCUACGUGCCUCAGCUCUCCAGAGGCCUGCGGCUCCCGCGGGCCCUUGGGCCAUGCCGGGGCUUCCAGUCAAGGACCUUCAGCCCCUCGGAACCCCCCGAGUGGGGUCCAAGAGAACGGCUGGGUGGGAUGCGCCCUUCCCCGGGUGGCCCAGCCCCUGACCUGCCCCAUCGCAGCGUGGUCCCGGCUCCCUCUGGACAACUGGGGGCACGGCCUGCACCCCUGGUCCUGAGGACAGUGUUCUCUGAAGUGCAGAGUGUGGCCGCGCCCCUUCUGUAGCUGGGCGGGUCUGGGGGCCGGGACAUGCCCACAAUGGCCGGGCUCCACAUACCGGGUGGCCCCCUGCUGCCCAGGCUGGGCCUUCACUGGCCCCCCAGUGUCCCUCACACAGCUCUCCCUCGACCCUUCAAAGACUCUGCUAAGAGCUCGAGGGAGCCCACGGCCCGAACACCACCCUGCACCAGCCCCCCGCAGAGCUCAGCCCACCUUCCACUCCCCAGGCCCCCAGCGAGGCCAGUCCAGUGAGGGCCGGCUGCUUCCGUUGGCCUCAGGGGCCACGUGCCAGGACGAACCAUUCUCAGACAGUCACACUCCCUGAGGGCCACUAUGUGCCAUCUGUGCUCAGGGACCACAGGGGGACCCUUGACCCUGCAGUGUCACUUCCGUGUCCCAGGCCAGGGGUCACCCAGCAAUUGGCCGGCUGGGUCUGCCCUCCCAGGACCCUCCUGCCGGCUCACAAGGACCACCGGGCCACACCUCCCGAGCUGUGUCUGGGGUCACCUCCACGAGACCACGGUGCAUCCAGGCCCCGCCCUGGACGUCAGCUGCGCUGCGUCUGCAGAUGUGCCCCUACACCCAGGCCCUGGCUGGGCUGUCCCUCCUUCAGCCGGACACAGUCCACCGGGCCUUCUCCUAUCCCUCUCUCAAUGGGGCCUGCUGCCCCCAGCCGACUAGGGGGGCAGGCAAAGCCAGCAUGGCCCCUCGCUCAGUAAACACUUGUCCACCUGGCUCGCCUCUUUCCUUGACGACAGAGAUGGGGUCUGCAGGGCAAGGUGGCCCUUAGGGUGGGGUUGGGAGGACCACGGGCCUGGGCUUACCUCCUAAAACGAGAUGGAGGUCAGGACUGCAGCUGGGGUGAGGGUGGAGCCACGGACACGGGUGGAGCCUGCUGCCCUCCGCCUCGUACAGCCCCGCCUGUAUCGCAGGACAUCCCCAGGCUAGGAACUCCAACAGCCCCACAGCCGCCCCCGUGGGUGGGGGGAGAGUGGCGCCCACAGGCGGGUCAGGGCCACCCCGUGCCCACUCAGCCCGCAGGCCCGCCCCCUGACGAUUGUCAGGGGCUGAACCACCCCUCAAGCCCCAGGCUCCCACUCCCCUACCCCAGCCAGGCCCGGUCCCCUGCCCAAGGGCCCCCUGGAGACCCCUGUCUGCCCCAGGUGUCCCCUCCCCAUCAAGGCACCGGGAGGGUGGGGGACCAAGGUCCCAGCUCUGGCUGGGGCCCCCUCUCCCCGUCCCACAAGCUCCUGCUUCCCAUGCCUGGACCAUCCAGGGGUCCCCUGGUCCACGCACAGAGACCCCAGCGGGACCCAGGGCCACCCCAGGAGUCCUUGCCGCCUGGAGCUGGGAUGGUGGAUUUGCUGGCGGGGGGUGCGGGGAACUGACCGGGUGCAGGCUCCCCCAAGACUCCUCAGCAGCCCGGGCCGCCCCAGAGGGCGGAAACAGAGGCCCACACAGAGGCAGCGGCCGUGCUUCUCUCCAGGGCCAAGGGUGUGUAGGGCCACAGGGGACGGGGAGGGGAGGGACACGCUCUGGUCCCAGCUGCCCCACUCUCCAGUGUGCACCGCCACCAAGUGGUGGCAACACUCAGCGCCCGCUUCUGAGCUGGACCUUACCUCCCGCCUCCACAUCAGGAUCUGGAACCACACCCGGAGCCCCAUGGCCCAGCAGGCCCACCGCCUUGGCCAUGGACCAAGUAAGACU